AUGCUGGUCACGUGACGAGAUACGACAGGGGCAGCCAUUUUGGCAGUCAUCGCGGCAGUAAAUUGACAGGCACUGGCAGACUGUCAAGGAUGGUGGAUAACUGCUGUGCACCAGGUUGCACAAAUAGGCGUGGGAAAAAGAAAGGUGUAUCGUAUUAUCGCAUUCCUAAAGACGCGGAGAGGAGGGAGAAGUGGAUUGGAGCGAUUAAAAGAGCCAGGAGCCUUCAGAAAAAGACUGAAAGAUGGGACCCCCCGGCCGUUGGCUUUCGCUUAUGCAGUGAUCACUUCAUAUCAGGGAGAAAGAGUGAUAAUCCGUUGAGUCCGGAUUUUAUCCCCUCAAUUUUCGAUUACCUUCCAUCUCCAGAGAAGAGGAGACAUAAAACGAGACUGGAGGUUUUUAACAGAAGGCAGAAGGCUAAACUGCACAAAGUAGAGCAGGCAAAGAUAUCUGCAGAAGCCAUCCGUCAAAGGACAUCAACUGAUGCAGCCCCAGAAGACCAUAUCACAGAGCCUUUGAAGGAGCCCCCCAUCACAGAUCCGUUGGAAGACUCAGCCGAUGAUCCUGUCCAGCCUGAACCAGUAACACCACCAUGCACCUCUGAAACCUGCUGUACCCGCAUCCAGAGUCUUGAGCAAGAAUGCCAAGCUCUAAGGGCUGAAAAUGUGUUGUUAAGGGAAAAGAUUAAUAGGAAGACCCUGACAGAGAUUAGUUUAAAUAACAAUGAUAAAAAGGUGAAUGUCCUCACUGGGCUGGCAACCUAUGCAUGUCUCAUGACCAUUUUUCAAUAUCUGGCUCCAUUUCUCAAAGUUAAAUCAUCAAUAACAUGUUUUCAACAAUACAUGUUGACUUUGAUGAAGCUUCGAAUGAACUUAACAUUUGACUUUUUGGGUUUUUAUUUUGGCAUCGACCCAACUACUGUCUCCAGGCACUUCAAAAACUGUGUUAAUUUGAUGUAUUGUAGACUGGUGCCAAGCCUAGUGGUGUGGCCUGAAAGAGAAUCUUUAAGAACAUCUCUUCCAUAUGUAUUUAGAAAUGGUGACUACGAGAAGACUGUUUGUAUCAUUGAUUGCUUUGAAAUAUUUCUAGAGAAACCAAGUAGAUUGCGACCCAGUGCGCAGUGUUACUCAAGAUACAAAUCACAUCACACCAUGAAAUAUUUAAUUGCCAUUUGCCCUCAAGGUUCAAUUUGUUUCAUUUCUACUGGAUGGGGAGGUCGCACCAGUGAUAAGUUCAUUACAGAACACAGUACUUUUUUACCUAAUAUUCUCCCAGGGGAUGUUGUUUUGGCAGACAGGGGGUUUCUGGUGAAAGAGUCUGUUGAAAGGUGUCAGGCUGAAUUAAAAAUUCCAGCAUUUACUCGUGGAAAAACACAGUUAGAUCCUGCUGACAUAGAGAAUACAAGAUCUCUAGCCUCUUUAAGGAUUCACAUCGAAAGAGUCAUAGGAGUACUUCGUCAGAAAUAUACUAUCUUACAAAGCACUGUGCCAAUAACUUUCACAGACAUAGAGAAAGAAAAUGAUGUUACUUAUCUUGAUAAAAUUGUGAGUGUAUGUUGUGGACUAACAAAUGUACCUGAUUCUGUGGUGCCCUUUGAGUGAUGAAUUUGUGCGUCAACAGAAAAUAAACCUUUUUGAUUCGCUUCUCA